ACUCGUUUCACCGUCAUCUCCAGAACUUCUGCAUUCUCCAUCUUCGUUUGUAAGGUGAACUGCAGCGGUUGAGGAAAAACCGGAUAUGCACUCUUAUUUUGACGGCGGCGAGGCGGCUUUUCCUUCAGACCCACACGGUGCUUGUUCGUCAGAGAAGACGCUCAUCUGAGGUCACUGAACCCCGGGGGCGAGACUGGUCCGCCGCUAUAUAAUCUUCCCGGCCCGGUGAACGAAACCAGCGCACUGAACCAGAAACGAGACAGAGCAAAUAUACACUGAGCAAACAAACAUGGUGAAGAUCACUUUCCAGCCAGUUUCGGCCCAGAAGCCCGAAAAAGAGAUCGAUGAAGACAAGAUCACUAUACCCCAGGCUCAAGAGCGGCUGGGUCAUUCUGUCCAGCCGAAGAAGCUGUGCUGCCUCGCUUUUGGCCUGGUGGUUUUCAUAUCAGGACUGGUGCUGGCCUCUGUCUGCAUCUAUCGUCACUACUUUAUACCACAGAUCCCAGAAGACAGCUUGUUCCACUGCCGGGUUAUCUACGAGGACUCUGUGUUUGCUCCUCUGAGGGGGCGGCAAGAACUCGAGGAGAAUGUUGGCAUCUAUUUUGACGACAACUAUGAACAGAUCAGCGUACCUGUGCCACACUUUGGUAGCAGCGACCCUGCUGAUAUUAUCCAUGACUUUGAGAGGGGCCUUACAGCUUACCAUGACAUUGCUUUGGACAAAUGCUACAUCACUGAGCUGAACACGACUGUGGUGAUGCCUCCACGGAGCCUGUGGGAACUGCUCGUUAAUGUCAAGAGAGGGACGUACCUUCCUCAGACUUACAUCAUCCAGGAGGAGAUGGCGGUGACGGGGAGGGUGAGGAACAUGAGGCAGCUGGGCCCAUUCAUCCAUAGGCUCUGCUAUGGCAAAGAAACCUAUCGCCUCAGACGCCACAACCAGCGCCGACGUAUUGAGAGGCGUGAGACAAAGAAUUGCCACAGCAUUCGUCACUUUGAAAACACUUUUGUGGUUGAGACCGUUUUCUGCAGCAUGGUCUAAAUCUGAGACGGAAAUCACAGCCAUCCAACACUGAAGCAAAUUUCAAACCUUACCUCUUGAAUUCUUUAGGCUUUUAACUGCACUUUAAGAGCAAGUAUUUGUCCAACAGUUUGUUUUAAUGUUAGUUUUUUUUUUUGUCUCAAGUUAGAAAUGCUCUUGUAUUCAUGUUUUUUAUUUAAAUGGAUGUUAUAAAUGUGUUUAGAUAUAUCUGUAGCUUGUCAUGUUGUGCAGAACAAGUUAAUAUUAAUGUGUGUCAUCAUCAAAGAACUUGAUUGUUUUAUUUUUAGACUUGUCCUUAUUGUGAAUUAGUAACCCAGUGCACUGUGGGGGAUGUUAAAGUGGCUUGGAAGCUGCUUGCACUGUGCACUCAUAAUAUUUGUUUCUUGGCUGUUGUUUUAUUUUGUUUGAAUGUUAGAAAAUGGCAAAACAUACCUCAUGUAGUUUAAACGUUUCUUUGCUAGUUUAUAUCAUUAAUGAAUGGUGUAAAUAACUUUGUUCCUAAGCAAUAUCUACUGUAAAUUGAUUUUCCUCUGGAUUUCAUAUUGUUACAUGCAUCAAUUUUUAUCUGAAAUCAACUUGUUUUGUGACUGAACAUUUCUUUAUGGUGCGUCUCUUUAUUUCCUUUGGUAUCACACUUUCCUUUUCCUUGGAUAUAAAUGGCUUUUGACUGUAAUUAGUAGCUUUAGAGGGACAGAAGGAACCAAAGUCUGCAGUCAGCGAUGCUAUGCUUAGUAUUAAGGAUUUAUGGAAUAUUUUUAGUCUAGAUCACUUACUGUAGAUGAUAUCAAAGGCUAAAACUCCUUUUGUCUUGUUCUUCCUCCUCUUUGUCUGGGUUUGUCUGUUGUCUUCAGCUCUUGCCAGUUCCCAGUCCUUCAUAUUGGCAUUAUCUCUACAAUGUUGAUUUUCGUCCCAACUCAAAAAGAUUUGGGGAUUGUUUUUAAUGUUCAGCCUGGAGCAAAUUAGUCUCUGUUGAGAGAGACCUGUGAUAUGUGCUCAUAUUUCACCUUGAAUACCUUGUUUUGCUGUACAGUUGAUUUUUCUUGUAAAAUCUUGCUGCUUUAAAAAUAAAUGAUAAAACUUUU